AUGGACUACUCCUACCUCAACCAGGCGGCAGCUAGCUUCGACUCUAGCUGCCUCCAGGGUGGGAUGGACCCGACCGGGCUCGGCAACAUGCCGUGCUCGUACGGGGAUCUGACGUCCUGCAGCCAGAUGUCGCAGGCCGCCUACCGCUACACGGCCGCCGCCGCCUCGAUGGCCCGCUCGUACAAUCCCGUCGGCACCGGGGUCGGGCCGGGGAAUGUGACGAUGAGUGCGCUGCACCAUGCGGCCGCCGCCGCCGGUCCCGGCUCGCAGUGCGCGGUCAUGGGCGGCCGGACGCAUCAGGACGUGCACCGGGCCUCGAUGUUCCAGACGUCGAUGAAUCUGCAGUCCGGCCUGCCGUACAAAGUGUACGCCGGACACGACUCCGUCCUCGCCGAGAAGCGCAAGCAGCGCCGGAUACGAACGACCUUCACCUCGGCCCAGCUGAAGGAGCUCGAGCGGGCGUUCCAGGAGACACACUACCCGGACAUCUACACCCGGGAGGAGAUAGCGAUGAAAAUCGAUCUGACGGAGGCGCGCGUUCAGGUCUGGUUCCAGAAUCGGCGGGCCAAGUUUCGCAAGCAGGAACGCAUCGCCCAGCAGAAGGUGUCCAGCAACAAUGGCGGCAGCAGCAGCAGCAACGGUAGCAGCAGCGGCGGCGGCGGUGGCAACAACGCGAACGGCAACAACACCGGCUCCAGCAAUAAUCAAGAUUCAUCGUCCGUGAAGAGCGAGCAGAAGGGUGGGGCGGGGGCGGGGGCGGUGAACGGGGGCAGCACGACCCCGAAGGACAUCAAGCCGCCCGGUUCGCCCUGCCUUUCCGUCACCACCCUCUCCACCACGCCCAACUCGAGCGCCUCCUCCCACCAGUCGCUGAACGGCGAUAUCAAACCAAUUAAUGGAAAACUGACGGACGAUUUAAACGGCACGAGUCUCCACAAUGGACCCAGCCAUCACCAUCUGGUGGUCAGCAAUGGCACGAACAACAACAACAACAGCCACCACCAUCACAACAACAACAACAGCAUCAGCAACAACAACAACAACAACAAUAACAAGUGGAACUCGUCGUGCAACCCGCUGCUGCAGAACCAGAAGGCGGCCAACCACUUGAGCAUGAAUCAUAACCUGCAGAACCACCAUCACCACGCGGUGGCCGCCCUCUCGUCGCCAUUUUCGUCGCUGCUCGGGGCGGCGGCGGGUGGCGGUGCGGCCGGUUAUCUGCUGGAUCCCCUCGGUGGCCUGAACAAGACGACCGCGGCCAAUCAUCUGUUCUAA